UUAUGCUUUUAUUAAGAACAAGUACGCAGCUUUAUUCACCUAAUAUUUCCAGACAUAAAUAAACACAAAAUGACUCACUGUGAAUUACUAUUUAUGGCUCCUCAAAUUUUCUUCAAUUAAAGUUUUUUGUUUUAAAAGAAGGGUAAAGCAGGUUUUUGUGCAUUAUUUAGUUCUUACACCUUGAAAAACAACUUUUGGAGAGUUGUAUCUGCACCACGAAAAUAAAAAGUGACAAAUGUUACCUGGACUUUUGUGUUAUGAUGUGAUUAAACUCUGGAGUCUAAAUUUAAGCAGCUUUCUGUGAGAUCGACCAACACGGCAGCAUCCAAUUAUGAGAGGAAGGAUCUGUUGGUUGGUGACGUGCGUCUUAAUGAACUUUUGUGCGUGGACUGUGCGACAUCCUGCAGCGCUGCGCUGCUGCCGGCCGAGCCCCGUGAAGCUGCUGGGUGACCGCCUGCUGCCACAUCAGCUCCAGCUGCUGCUCCACCUCCACGGACCGUCCGGUGAUGGAGAGAGCAGAACACCUGCGCUCUCAUCGGUGUUUCUGACUUUCGUCCUGCAGCACCAGACGGGAAAGCAACGAUGAGCGCCCCUCUUCCCAAAGGUGACUCGACCACCUCCCUGCUGGGACCAUCAGGGCUCCACCGCAGGUCGGAUCACGGUCCACAUGGCCACCGGAGCCCCCGCGCUCAGCAUCAUCCCGCAGAGGAAGCAGCGUGGACAAGGGAUUGCGAGACCAGCGCGCGGAGACCUCUGUGCCAACCAAGACGCACCGAGUUCCGACAUGUAGCGGAUCAACAUCGUGUGCAGAAGAGAUACUCGCACCGGCAGCCAAGCCACCUGCAUGAAGAAGAUGAUGAUGAAGACGCUCAGGAGGACAUCAGGCACUUGAACCGGCAUCACAAAGAGCGCAUCAAGCCCCCCAGAUCCACUCACCACCGCCAUCCUCAUCCUCAUCAUCAAGACUCUCCAAGAGGUGAGCGUGCUUCUGCAGCGCACCCCCAGGGAGGUUCCUGGCAGGGUAAGAGGACCUCACCGACCCCUUCCAACCUGAAACACACGGAUGAGGCAGAUUUAUUUUUCGAGCACAGAGAGAGAGCAGUCACCGGCUCGUCCUCCAGCCUCAGCUCUGAUGCACCAGCAGCAAACGUCCGGCCCAGAUCCAGAUCCAAAAGGCUGAGCACAACAUCUGAGUGUGACUCCAGCCUUCAUCCCAUAGUCAAGUCAGUCUUUGGGCAGGACCGAGAGCUGAGGCCAGAAGAAAUGGAUGAGCUUCGUGAAGCAUUUAAAGAGUUUGACAAAGACAAAGAUGGAUUCAUCGGCUGUAAAGAUCUGGGGAACUGCAUGAGGACGAUGGGCUACAUGCCAACAGAGAUGGAGCUAAUAGAGCUGAGCCAGCAGAUCAACAUGAAUUUGGGAGGUCAUGUUGACUUUGAGGACUUUGUUGAACUUAUGGGGCCCAAACUUCUGGCGGAAACAGCGGACAUGAUCGGAGUCAAAGAACUGAGGGAUGCUUUCAAGGAGUUUGACACCAAUGGUGACGGCCAGAUCAGCACAGCCGAACUCAGAGAAGCGAUGAAAAAGCUUCUAGGCCAGCAGGUUGGACACAGAGAUCUGGAAGAAAUCCUACGAGACAUCGACCUCAACGGAGACGGACACGUUGACUUUGAAGAGUUUGUGAGAAUGAUGUCCCGAUGAGUUCCUGCUGAGUGGUCUUCUCUGAAGUUGGGGGGGGGGGGGGGGGG